UUAUAAAGACUGGGGGGGAGAGUCUCAUUCCUGGCAAAGCUGGCUCAUCUCCCUCGUUUGCUGUCCUGGGGCCGCAAGGAUGAAGGUGGUGAACCUGGAAUUCGAUCCUUCUGAGAUUUACCGGCCAGGCGUCGAGGUGGAGAAUGGAAAGGCAAAGGAAGAGUACAGGAAUUUCAAGGAGGGGCCGCUGAUGGAGCGAGUCUACAACACCUACCUCCUGAUGCACACCCACCAGACCACGGAGUUUGUGCGGAAGAAGAACGAGGAGUAUGGGGGGUGCAAUCGCCACCAGAUGACCAUCAUGGAGGCCCUGGACCUUCUGGACAACGUAGUGGACGAGUCAGACCCAGACAUUGAUGUCCCCAACUCCUAUCAUGCGUACCAGACGGCUGAGGGCAUCCGGAAGGCUCAUCCUGACAAAGAUUGGUUCCACCUGGUUGGACUGAUUCAUGACAUUGGGAAAAUCUUGGCACUGGCUGGCGAGCCACAGUGGGCUGUGGUUGGAGACACUUUUCCAGUGAGCUGCAAGGUCCAGCCGUCAGUUGUCUUUUGGGACUCCACUUUCCACAACAAUCCUGACGUGAAGAACCCCUUGUACAACACCAAGUAUGGGAUCUACCGGCCCAACUGCGGCUUGGAGCACAUCCUGAUGUCAUGGGGCCAUGACGAAUACAUGUACAAAGUGAUGAGGCACAAUAAGUUUGCUCUCCCUGAAGAGGCUUACUAUGUGAUUCGGUUCCACUCCUUUUAUCCGUGGCACACCGGUGGGGACUACAUGCACCUCUGCUCGGAGGAAGACCUCAAGAUGCUUCCGUGGGUGAAAGAGUUCAACAAGUUUGACCUUUACACCAAGGGUGAAGACCUACCCGACCCGAAGGAGCUGAAGCCCUAUUACCAGAGCCUGGUAGACAAAUACUGCCCAGGCCAGCUGUGCUGGUGAGGUCUGGACUGGCCCCCACUUCAGAUGCACCGGGCCAGUCUCUGCAACGGAUCCUUCCAGCCUGGAGGGGAACAGAGGACCCACCGUCCACCGGCUCAGUGAUUCGGCUGAAGGAAAGCCGGUGCCGAGCCUGGCCCCUAGAGGAAGGAUCCGUCUCCCCUUUUAAUCUUCUGCCUGCCAUUUCGCAUCGCUAAAGCUGCUUCAGUGUUCCCACGGUUGAGGGAUGGACAAAGGACACGCACAAGCUGCAUUAAUGACAUUUUGGGGAGAAAAGAAGCUGCCAACAGAUGUUGCUUCUUACACGCCUGUUAUCCUUCAGCUGUGCAUACCUGAGCUUAUCACACAAGACGCUGGACAGGGAGUAGAAGACACACUGCAUCAACCCCUCAAAGCAUCAGUAUAAAAACCAAGAAUGGAUAAAGAUGGCUUGUUUCACCCAAAGGUUCUUUGGACGUCUUACACUGGCUGUGAGCCAUGCUGUGGCCGGUUCCCAUCUCUUGUGUUGUAAGACCCAAUAAAUGUCUCUCCUUGUAAGUAA